AUGUCUCAUAGAAAAUUUGAGGCCCCCCGUCAUGGCUCUUUGGGAUUUCUUCCCCGUAAACGGGCGAGAAGACAUCGCGGUAAAGUAAAGUCCUUUCCAAAAGAUGAUCCAAGUAAGCCUGUUCAGUUGACCGCUUUUAUGGGUUAUAAGGCGGGUAUGACCCACGUUGUUCGUGAUAUGGACCGUCCUGGUUCAAAGAUGCACAAGAAGGAGGUUGUUGAGGCCGUUACCAUCAUUGAAACCCCGCCUUUGGUUAUCGUAGGCGUAGUCGGUUAUGUUAAUACGCCAAGAGGAUUACGUACAUUGACCACAGUAUGGGCAGAACAUUUAAGUUAUGAAGUUAAACGAAGAUUUUAUAAGAAUUGGUACAAGUCAAAAAAGAAAGCAUUUACAAAAUAUGCUAAAAAACAUGCUGGUGAAGCGAAAGAUAUUGCUAAAGAAUUAGAAAGGAUCAAGAAAUAUUGUCACGUUGUGAGAGUAUUAGCCCACACUCAAAUUCUCAAAGUUAAGAUUGGACAAAAGAAAGCUCAUCUCAUGGAAAUUCAGGUAAAUGGUGGUACUAUUCAACAGAAAGUUGAUUGGGCUAAAAGUAAAUUUGAAAGCACGGUUGACAUUUCCUCGGUAUUUGAACAAGAUGAAAUUGUUGAUGUGAUUGGCGUCACAAAAGGCAAAGGUUUCGAAGGUGUUACUCAUCGUUGGGGAACGAAGAAACUUCCUCGUAAAACUCAUAAAGGUUUGCGUAAAGUAGCUUGUAUUGGCGCGUGGCAUCCUUCAAGAGUGAUGUACUCUGUUCCACGUGCUGGUCAAGAUGGAUAUCAUCAUCGAACAGAAGUCAACAAAAAGAUUUAUCGUAUUGGUAAAUGCAAAGAUGAAAGUAAUGCAUCAACUGAAUACGAUGUUACUCAAAAAACUAUUACACCGUUGGGAGGUUUUCCUCAUUAUGGUAUUGUUAAAGAGGACUUCAUCAUGAUUAAAGGCGCAUGUGUUGGAGUCAAGAAGCGUGUUCUUACUUUGAGAAAAUCUUUAUUUACUCACACGAAACGUUCCGCUUUGGAAAAAGUUUCGCUAAAGUUUAUCGAUACGAGUUCCAAAUUUGGGCAUGGACGUUUCCAAACUGCAGAAGAAAAACAUACUUACCUUGGUACACUCAAAAAAUAUGUUCAAGCCACUUGA